ACCGUUAAGAGUCGCGGAGGGUGCUGGCCCCGGCUCCACCUCUGGCAUAAUCUUUUAAUGAGCAAGCUUCGCGAAAUGAUUUUAUCAAAAUUAUAGUUUGUUUUUGCUUUUCUUGGUCGGCACAGCCAUAGUUUGAACACCCGCUUUCGGCGAUGGUAUCCACAGUUCUAUCCGGACACUUCGGGCGAGCGGUCGCAAAAAGAGAAAACGAUUCCCCACCCAAAUUCCCGAGUCAAUAAUAAUAAUAAGUCAACGUGACGCGGAGUCGAGUCAAUAUUUGGAUAGUAAACUCAUUAGCAGCUAAACAGGACUAACACAUUUAUCGGGCAAUCAGUAAAAGGACUUCAACAUGAUGAGGAUAUGGCUGUUUUUUCUAGUGAUACGGAUUUCACAACUUCAGAUCCAAGCGCAAACCGCUCUAAGCUACGAACAAGCUCGUCAGGCUGUUCUCACAGCAGAGGAGGAACUCAUGACUGGAGGACACACAUAUCUGAACACCCAGGAGGCCAAGGUGGACGACAUAUUCAUGGAAUACAAGCUCGGAGAAUUGUCCCAAGGAUUUAGAAAUGCGGAACAGAAUGCAGCAGCUCUGCAUUUCUUUAAGGCCAAGCCGCUGAUCGAUCGGAGUGCUGUCUUCCGGUUCCUUCAGAAGAUGCCAAAGGGAUCUGUUCUCCAUCUGCAUAACUCCGCCGCCGUGAGUUCCAGGUGGGUAGUGGACGAUUUGUCGUAUAUGCCUGGAUUAUUGCGUUGCACCACAGCCAAAGGACGAAGUGUCCUGACAUUCCGAAGGACACCAAAGGAGCAUAAGUGUCAAUCGCAGUACGUUCGAGUCUCCGACGAGCGUCGGAACUCCCUGGAUCCCAGGGUCUAUGACAAGAAUUUCGAACGCCUGAUUAACUUAUAUACUCCAGUUCCAGAGCUGGAGUACCCUACAAUUACCGAGGUUUGGGAUCGUUUUCAGGACAUGUUCGAUGUGCUCGGCGAUGCCAUAACUUACUUGCCAGCCUUUCGUGCAUAUCAUUGGCAGAUGCUCGAGGAACUUUACAACGAUAACGUGAUGUACGCGGAGAUUCGCACUAGUUGCAAAACGCUUUAUGACGCCAGUGGUCGCACUUUUCCCAGAGAGCGUACGAUACGCGAGUUGUACAAUAUAAAUGACAAGUUCGUUAAGCUGCACCCCGACUUUUUGGGCUUUAAAGUCAUUAUGGCUGUUUAUCGGGGCUAUGAAAUGGAUAAGCUCAAGGAAACCGUCGAGGAAUUUAAGCAGCUGCACCAAGAAUUGCCCCACUUUGUGGUUGGAUUCGAUUUGGUGGGUCAGGAAGACAAGGGAAAACCACUUUAUUCUCUGUUGCCUGCCCUGAGGGAUUUGCCGCCAACAGCUCGACUUUUUCUGCACGGAGGAGAGACCAAUUGGUUUGGUGCCUCCACCGACAUCAAUCUGCUGGAUGCCCUGUUGCUCAACACCACUCGCAUUGGUCAUGGUUAUGCUCUGGCCAAGCAUCCGAUCCUCCUAAAUGCUGUCAAGUCUCGACAAAUCGCCGUGGAGGUCAGCCCUAUUUCAAAUCAAGUGCUUCACCUGGUCUGGGAUCUCCGUAAUCAUCCAGGUGCUCAGUAUCUAGCCCUCGAUGUGCCCGUGGUGAUUUGCAACGAUGAUCCUGGGUUCUGGAAUGCCAAGGGCCUGAGCUACGACUUCUACUAUGCCAUCAUGAGUUUGGCGCCAAAUAACGCCGGGAUAAGGAUUCUAAAGACUCUGGUGUGGAACUCGGUGAGGUACUCCACGCUGACGGAGGAGGAACAGACCCGUGCCUUCAAAAUCCUGGAGCUCAGUUGGUCGCGGUUCAUAGAUAAAGUACUUCAAGGCAGCGUAUUCUAAGAUAACCUAAUAAUAAAUACAAACAAUCAAAGUAAUAGUGUUUUUGAGUGGUAAAUAAAUUAAUCCUUUAAGACAAACGUGAUCAUAACGUGGAGAUGUGGUGGGUUUCAAUGUGGCAGUAGGAUUUUGAACACCCGUUUUCGGCAAUGAUAUCCGCAGUACUACUCAGACUUUUUGGGCGAGCGGUUGCUUAAAGGGA